AUGAAGGUGCGGACUGUGUAUUCAUCCAUCCGUUUCUUCCAACCAACUCUUUACUUUUUACCAUUUUUAUACAAUCGAAAUUACUUCUUUCAAAAGUUGUAUCGUAUCAACGAAUUUCUAAUCAAAUCUCAAGAUAUUCAUCAACACAACAUUCGCCCAGUUGCUCAGCUCAAAUCCAAUACCUAUAUUGCAAAUCAUCACACGUCUUGGCCGCGCUGA